AUGGCCGCCACAGUCGCCACAGUUGAACCUGUCCCCGAUGUCGAGAUGACGGAUGUGUCAGAUUCCCAAGAGAAAAAAGACGCCGCGGUGAUCCAAGAAAUAAGGGACAACAUCCGACAGAUCGAAAAGGCCGUCCAAACGAAAGAGGCGCGUUUCAUGUUGCGCGUCCUGCGCUCGUGGUCAGUCGCCCGACGCAAGCUCAACGCUGUUGUCUUGUGGUCGGUCAUCAACGGCUUCUACACACACUCUGCUUCUGACAAAGAACUGUUGCUGUCGUACGUCACGACACCGGUCGACAUACCAGAAGCGAUCAAGAUGCGCACGGGUAAAAACGCAACGGGGGCCCUACUACCCGAAAUCGACGGCUAUAUCCGCCUGUUAGUGUUAGUGCAACUGAUCGAUAAAGAAGACUACCAAAAGGCAGUGGAAUUCUCUGAUUUACUGAUGGCAAAGUUGAUUGACAAAAAUAGACGUACGUUAGAUUUGAUCACUGCUAAAGCAUAUUUCUAUCAUAUGAGAUGUUAUGAACUGACGGAUCAACUACACAAAAUUAAAGGGUUCCUCUACAGUCGCCUGAGAACAGCCACACUUAAAAAAGAUUACGAAGGGCAAGCCGUGCUUAUCAACUGCCUUUUGCGUAAUUAUUUGCAUUACAAUCUGUACGAUCAAGCUGAUAAGUUGGUUCAGAAAUCAGUAUUUCCAGAACAAGCAAGUAAUAAUGAAUGCGCCCGUUUCUUAUAUUACCAAGGUCGUAUUAAGGCUGCCCGUCUUGAAUAUUCCGUAGCGCACAAGAAUUUGGUUCAGGCUUUGCGUAAAGCACCUCAAAAUUCGGCGGUCGGCUUCAGACAGACAGUACAGAAGUUGGCCGUCACAGUGGAAUUACUGUUGGGAGACAUCCCCGAAAGGCAUAUAUUCCGUCAAGCUAGUUUGCGUAAGGCAUUGGUACCGUAUUUCAGACUUACCCAGUCAGUCCGUUUAGGAGACUUGACAAUGUUUAGUGAAACACUAGAGAACUUUAAGAAAAAUUUCCUUAGUGACCACACUUAUAUGUUGAUUGUACGCUUACGUCAUAAUGUUAUUAAAACCGCCAUUAGAGCUAUUGGCGCAUCAUAUUCACGCAUUUCAGUCGAUUAUAUUGCUGAAAAACUUGGGUUGGAUUCUCCCAAAGACGCCGAAUUCAUUAUUUCUAAAGCUAUCAGAGAUGGUGUUAUACAAGCGACCAUUGAUCCUGAACACGGAUACGUGCAGAGCAAAGAACCAGUUGACAUAUACUGUACACUCGAACCACAGAUGGCUUUCCAUCAACGUAUAUCCUUCUGUUUGAAUUUGCACAACGAAAGUGUUAAGGCCAUGCGUUAUCCUCCUAAAUCAUAUGGCAAGGAUUUAGAAUCUGCCGAAGAACGUCGUGAGCGCGAACAACAAGAUUUGGAACUAGCUAAAGAGAUGGCAGAAGAAGACGACGAUGGAUUCCCAUGA